AAUUUCGCUGGCAGUGCUUCUGAGCUUGCACACGCUCGAGAGGACUAUAAAGAUCGUCGGAGGAUAUUACAGUAGCUCAUUUUUAUCCUACCUGGAUAUAGGAGUAUUAGCUUCGUCUUCAUGCUGAAUUUGGAUUAGUUCUUCUCUCGAGACAACAUGGAAAAUAUCGGGCAAAGGAGACUUCACAUGCUUCUAUUCAUCCUGUUUGUAUUCUUCAUGAAGGCUUGUGUCUCAGACACUUUUCCUAAAGCACAGAAUGUCGCCUGGUCUUCAUUUAAUUUUAAGACCAUGUUAACAUGGAGCCCCAAACCAAGAAAUUAUUCAUACACUGUCGAAUUUUCUGAAAUCGGUCAGGACAGAGAACGGAGCCCUCACUGUAUCAGGACCAUGGAAACUGAAUGUGACCUGACUACAGAGCUUAAAAACCUCAAGUCCAGUUACAACGCUGAUAUCCUGUCUGAACCCAUGCUUGGCAUGACUUCUGAAAUGAUUGAGUUCCCUUACACCACAUCCGAGAGAUUCUCCCCCUACCAUGACACUGUCAUCGGCAGACCAGAGUUUAAAAUAGAAGUCAGCGACAAAAGGAAGGUGACGCUCAUUGUAAGCGAUGUCCAGACGGCUCUCUUUAAAGAAAGUAAGGAGAGACUAAGUAUUCGGGAUAUUUUCAAGGAUGACCUGCAGUAUAAGGUUAUCUACAGGAAAGCCAAGAGUACAGGGAAGAAAGAGAAGUUCAGUAAAAGUAGCACCAUCGAGCUGACAGAUUUGGACCGAGGAGUGAGUUACUGUUUUACCGUUCAGGCCUACCUUGCCUUCCGCCCACAAGACAAACAACUCGGGGAGCUCAGCCACAUCCAGUGCUCUCCAGGAGAAGACCCAUCUAUAUUUGAGGAGUACAGCGUGGGUGUGAUCGCCGGGGCCAUCCUGAUUAUCAUUCUGGCAGUAUCUGCAAUCAUUGUAAUCAUCAUGAUGUGCUGCAGACGAAAAAAGAGAGCACAGAACUCAGGAAAAGAGGGAUUACCGUUGAACGGAUUUUGAGGAGUGUGGACUGAUCACUUUGGUAUGACUUGCCCUUAUAAAGGGAGGAUGGGAUCCUAAUUCAACAUUCCAUUGUAAAACAGUGGAAUCUAAACUUGCGUUUCUGUGAAACCUCAAAAUGGAGAUAUGUUAGACUUAAUUUAGCAAGACAGCCUUCAUUCUGUUAGGUGGUGGGUUCUUUGGCUUGUAUGCCAAAUGCACUAAUUCGAUCUACUUAGAUGUUGCUAACUAUUGGAAAUACUGUAUGGUUUUGUGCACAUUUGGGAGAAUCAAAGUCAGAACAUAUUAUAUAUAUAUAUAUAUAUAUAUAUAUAUAUACACACACACUACCGGUCAAAAGUUUUGAAACACUUACUCAUUCUUUAUUAUAAUUUUAUUUUUAUUAUAAUUUUUCACAUUUAGAACAAUAGUAAAGUCAUCAAAACUAUGGAAUAACAUAAAUGGAACUAUGGGAAUUAUGUUGUGACUAAACAAAAUCCAAAAUAAAUCAAAACUAUGUUAUAUUUUAGCAUCUUCAAAGUAGUCACCCUUUGCCUAGAAUUUGCAGACAUGUACUCUUGACAUUUUCUCAACCAACUUCUUGAGGUAUCACCCUGGGAUGCUUUUUAAACAGUAUUGAAGGAGUUCCCAUCUAUGUUGGGCACUUAUUGGCUGCUUUUCUUUAUGAUUUGGUCCAAGUCAUCAAUUUCAAAAACGUUUUUUUUUUAAAUAAAAUUUUAGAUUUAUAAUGAAAUAAAUGAAUAUGGUGGCACAAUUAUAUUUUUGUCUACAAAACUAAUAUCAAACAUUUAAGCAUACGCCUUCAGAUCAAAAGAUUUUUAAAAUCAUGAGAAACAUUUCAGUCAAGUGUUUCAAACUUUUGACCGGUAGUGUGUGUGUGUGUGUGUGUGUGUGUAUAUAUAUAUAAAAAGAGUAGCACUAAUUUAUUUAUUUUAACUAUUAAAGCAGUAAACUGUAUUCAUUGUUAAAGCACAUUUGAGAAACGCUCAUCUAAUUUAAGCUGUAUUCCUUGUACAUAUGUCAUACCAGCUAUCACUAAAUAAUAAAAAUGUGUUUUUUGUUUUUUUUAUGCUGCUGUAUUUUGAUUUGACCAUUUAUAACAUUAGGGUACAACGGGGCUAAAGGCACCCCUUAAUGAAAUUUUGCUUUUUUUCUGGUCAGAAAAUGUAUCAAGGCCAAAAAAAAUAUUUAUUUUUAUUGAAUAUUGAUGGCGCAACAUAAUUUGUGUGAAAAGAAAUAAUAACGAAAGUUUGUUUUGAUUUAAAUUCAAUAAACUUUUUUUUUUUUUUUAAAGGUGGUGAGGGAGACUUUUACCCCACAUUUGGGGUAAAAGUCUCCCUCACUUGGGGUAAAAGGCCCCUGGGGGGUUUAAAGAGAUAUCAUGUAGAUACCGGGGCAAUAGUCAUUGUACAAAAUUUGUCAACUAAUGCAAAUCAUUUUGAGACAGCAAGAUGCUUUUUUGAGUAACAAAUUAAGAUGAUGCUUACUCAAAACAACUACUACAGAAAAAAUCAACUAUUUCCUGUUAAUUUCAAACAGAUUUGACAUUUUAUUACAUCUCAAGGAUUCUAUAAACAAACUAAUCUCUAUUAUGAAUGCUUGAGUCAAUGUGAGCCCACUUUGAACAUUUUUCAUUACAAAUCUAUUCGUCCCACUUUAAAAAAGAAACCCCAAUGUGUUUAAUAUGGUCCUUUAGCCCCUGCAACAGUGGGGGCUUUUUACCCCAGAUACCAUCCUUUCACUUAUUGGACAGUUAUUGAAAAAUGUUUGAUUUAAUGGCAAAACUGAAAAUGAUAAAUUAGUAUUUUGUCUCAGAAGACAUGUGUUAAUUUCGGGGAUUUUCAUUAGCUGCAUAAAUUUGCAACAUUUAAAAAAAUGUAAAAAAUGUGAUCAGAUUUCCUCAAAAUCAACCUUUUGACACCACAUGCAAAGAUCUUAUGGGUCAAUAAAAUGUUGUAGUGCAUAGAGACAAACAGGUGUUUAGGAAAGUGCUGUGGUAGUUUUUGAUGCAAUUUAGUGUUUUGGGAGAAAAUAAAAUCAAUGGAGCCAUUUACCCCACGGGGCUACCCUAUACUACGGACCUGUGAAACUUGUUGGUACUGAUCUGAUUUUUUAUAUUUUUAUUUUUAUUAAAACAAAUAAAAACGAAUGCACAUGCAGAAUAAUC